AUCCGUCAGAACUCACACAGCUCUCAGCAAUAACAACUCAUACACAUACAACCAUCAAUCUAAGCUACAGCUCGGACCGAUCCCUAGAUCGAGAGAUGGCGCGCUUUUCGUCCUCCAGCCUUCUGGCUUUGGCGGUGGUUGCAAUGCUGUUCGCCGGCGUCUGGUGCGCCCCGAAAGUGACCUUCACGGUGGAGAAGGGCUCCGACCCUAAGAAGAUUGUUCUGGACGUGAAGUACAACAAGGAAGGUGACAGCAUGGCGGAAGUUGAGCUGAAGCAGAAGGGCUCCAACGAGUGGCUGGCCAUGUCCAAGUGUAAGGACACUGGAGUGUGGAAGUACGAGAGCCCCGAGGCGCUCAAGUGCCCCCUGAACAUCCGCUUCCAAUCAGAGAAGGGCAUGAGGAACGUCUUCGACGACGUCAUCCCAGAAAACUACAAGGUCGGAUCCACCUAUGCCCCACAGGAAUAUUGAUCCAUGGACGCCUUUGUUUUCUUUUUCCAUCAAUUCGCCAAGUUUAAUUUCCCUCAAGGUUUUGGCUUGCAUUAUAUAUUGAGAAAUAUAUGAUACAAGAUAAAGAAGUACAUAAAUUGUACGUCGAGGCUCGUGAGGUGCGUAUACGGUAGGAAGGGCAAAGAAAAGAUUAAUGUGUUUGCUCUCCUAUGCACCCACUGUCGACUAGCACUUUUUGUAAUCGAAUCUAUUCAAUUUUGUAUCAUGAUGAGAUAUUCAAAUGGACGAUUCCUUUAUCAUUUUGCUA